AUGGGUAAUUGUAUCUCUCUCCAAAUCCAAUCCCAAGCACCAUGCGAUCAAGCGCUGAGCCGUCUCGGUAGCUGCUUCUGCAGCAAACUUAAAUAUAUCCAAAACCUCAAGAGGAAUCUUGUUGCUUUGGAGACGGCCAUGGAAGAUCUCAAUGCGGUGCGAUCUGAUCUGCUACGGAAAGUGCAGGCAGCAGAAGAAGGAGGAGGUUUACAAAGGCUUCAUCAAAUCAAGGUAUGGCUUGAGAGAGUCGAGUCUAUUGAAUCUCAGUUCAAUGGUCUAUAUAGUACUAGAGAUGUUGAGCUUAAGAGGUUGUGUUUCAAUGGUGCUGUCCCCACGAACUUAAGAGUGAGUUAUCUUUACGGAAAGAGGGUCUUCAAGAUGUUGAAAACGGUUGAAGACUUGAAAUCUAAAGGUUUUUUCGAAGAGGUGGCUACUCCAGCGGCUAGAGCUGUGGGAGAGGAAAGGCCUUUAACCCCAACGGUCGUUGGUCAGGAAACAGUUCUUGAAAAGGCAUGGAACCACCUCAUGGAUCAUGGAACUAAUAUCAUGGGUCUCUACGGUAUGGGUGGAGUAGGGAAAACAACUCUUCUCACACAGAUCAACAAUAAGUUUGUCGACUUGUGUCACACACAUGAUUGUGUUGAGAUAGUCAUUUGGGUUGUGGUGUCCGGUGAUCUACAAGUCCGCAAGAUACAACACAGGAUAGGCAACAAGAUAGGAUACAUAGGAGUGGAAUGGAAGAAGAGAAAAGAAAACCAAAAGGCAUUAGACAUAUUCAACUUUCUAAGCAAGAAAAGAUUUGUGUUACUCUUAGAUGACAUAUGGAGGAAAGUAGAUUUAACAGAGAUUGGUAUCCCUAAUCCUACAAGCCAAAACGGAUGCAAGAUAAUAUUCACAACUCGCUCUCUAGGCGUAUGUACAAGCAUGGGAGUCCAUGAACCAAUGGAGGUACAAUGUUUAAGUACAAACGAUGCAUGGGACUUAUUCAAGAAGAAAGUUGGACAGAACACACUAGAAAGACAUCCUGACAUUCCCAAGAUCGCAAGAAAAGUUGCUGGAGCAUGUCGUGGCUUGCCUCUAGCGUUAAACGUCAUUGGAGAGACAAUGUCAUGUAAGAAGACCACACAAGAAUGGUAUCAUGCGGUUGAUGUUUUGAAAACGUAUGCUGCGGAUUUUAGUGACGUGAAGGAGAAGAUACUUCCUAUCUUGAAGUACAGCUAUGAUAAUCUUGAAGGUGACAAUGUCAAAUCUUGUUUCUUGUAUUGUUCUCUGUUUUCUGAAGACACUCUAAUAAACAAAGAGAGGUUAAUAGAUUAUUGGAUAUGUGAAGGGUUCAUUGAUGGUUAUGAGAGUAAGGAAAGAUCUGUGAACCAAGGCUAUGAGAUACUUGGAACCCUUGUGUGUGCCUCUUUGUUACAGGAAGGAGGGAAGUACGACAACAAAUCAUACGUGAGAAUGCAUGAUGUGGUUCGAGAGAUGGCCCUGUGGAUAGCAUCUGAUCUUGAGAAGCAUAAAGAGAGUUACAUUGUACGAGCUGGUGUGGGGUUAAACGAAGUACCAAAGGUCCAGAACUGGCAACUUGUGACAAGGAUGUCACUGGUGAAUAACAAGAUUAAAGAGAUACAUGAAAGUCAUGAGUGUCCCAAGCUUACAACUCUUCUUCUUCAGAGCAACCGCUGUCUAGUAAGUAUCUCUGGUGAUUUCUUCCGGUCUAUGCCAAGACUAGUUGUUUUGGAUCUUUCAUGGAACGUUGAUCUCAAAGUCUUACCUGAGCAAAUAUCAGAAUUGGUUUCACUGCGGUAUCUUGACUUGUCAGAGUCAAACAUUGUGAGUUUACCAGUUGGUUUACAAAAACUGAAAAGGCUGAUGCAUCUGAAUCUAGAGUCUAUGUUAUGCCUUGAAGGUGUCUCAGGGAUAUCGAAUCUGUCGAGUUUGAAGACGUUGAAGCUACUUAAUUUCAGAAUGUGGCCAACUAUGGAGGAGCUGGAACGUUUGGAACAUUUAGAAGUUCUGACCAUAGAGAUCACGUCCAGUUCGGUACUGAAACAACUCUUGUGCUCUCAAAGGUUGGUAAGAUGUCUUCAAAAGCUAUCUAUUAGGUACAUCGAGGAAGAGUCAGUGAGAGUUUUGACUUUGCCAUCGAUAGAAGAUCUCCGUGAAGUCUUCAUAGGAGGGUGUGGAAUCCGGGAAAUAAUGAUAGAGAGGAACACAAAGUUGACGAGUCCAUGCUUACCUCACCUAUCUAAAGUUUUGAUCGCUGGUUGCAAUGGUCUCAAGGAUUUGACUUGGCUAUUGUUCGCUCCUAACCUCACUCAUCUCAGUGUGUGGAACUCAAGCCAGCUAGAAGAGAUAAUAAGCCAAGAGAACGCUGCAGGGGUUGAUGUUGUUCCUUUUAGGAAGCUAGAAUAUCUACACUUGUGGGACUUACCUGAGCUGAUGAGCAUCUACUGGAGUCCAUUACCAUUUCCAUAUUUGAAUCUGAUCAACGUACAAAACGAUUGUCAAAAGCUGAGAAAGCUUCCUUUGGAUUCUCAAAGUUGCGUUGCGGGUGAAGAGCUUGUCAUAGAGUACGGAGAUGAAGAAUGGAAAGAAAAGGUUGAAUGGGCUGACGAAGACACGAGACUCCGUUUCUUACCUUCCUGCAAGUUGGUUUUGUAUGAUGUUUGAGCCAGAGAAAGCUUCCAAAUGUCUUCAAUGGGAGGUUGAUUCUCGAUCUUGAUGCCAUGUGAUCAAGUGGUCAGUGUCUUU